AAGAGAAUCACAUGAUUGAAGAAAAAUCAGUCAUAUGAUCAUCUAUCAAUCACGUGACUCUCCCGAGGAUGACGGAAGUGGUAAUGCGGUGUAGGAGCGUUUCAACAAUGGCCUUCACCUCGGUUUUAUUAUUCAUCUGCUCGAUUUAUAGCUGUUAUGGUCAAGUGCCUCUGCUCAUGUGGACCAGUGAUGGGUCCAACCUACACCUGGCCCAACCUGCAGCUGGUCAGACAGUGUCUGGAGGGCAGCUGGGGUCUUAUCUGAAAUCUGCAUUGUCCGUUGCUCCACACAAUGUGCUGCUCUUCCUGCAGGAUAAGCUCAGUAUGGAGGACUUCACUAUGUACGGUGGAGUUUUUGGCAACAAGCAAGACAGUGCAUUUUUGAAUGUAGAGUCAGCCCUUCAGACGUCCUCCAGUCCUCUGGUGUUGCCAGCCCUGGACUGGUCUGCAUCACAUUCCACCCUGGAGAUUUUCCAGGGAGAGCUGGGUAUCCCAGCAGUUCACAUCAACCCCAGCACCCUGAGAGAAAUCAAAACUUCACACGAGGAUCUGGAGUCUCCAGCACACCAGUACUUCUUGCUAAAUCUGUACUUGGAUGUUUCAUAG